AUGCACCUAAGAGAGGCACGCGCCCUCUACCUAGGCUGCCUCACUUUUCUUGUCCUUCUCUUUGGAGUCCUUGGCUAUCAUGUCUGGCUGCACUCCGACACGGAUGAUUCCUCUCUGCUAAGGAGCGCUACCGACACGCUCACGGAUCAUGGCGCGAAGUCCUCAGUAACGAACAAGCCGGAUCUCAGCAGGCUUAAGUACGCCUUUAUUAUGCCAACCUAUACGGCAGACAUACCACUCGCCAUCAAAUUCCUCCAGUCUUUUGUAUGUCUUUGUAAUGACUAUAGGGAGGUUAAUAUUUACGUGAUUGUGUCCGACUCCUCUGAGCACGAUCUGUUUCUUAGCGCGUUAGAUGGCCUAAUGCCCUGCAGAGAGAGGUUUAGCAUUUUCCCUGUGCCGCCAGGGAACGUAGGCAAGCCAAGGCCUAACAUUAAGAUUAUCAACCUUUACGAUAUACUACCGCCUAUAAUCCACACAACAACAAGCGGUAGUAUGAGCCCUAAUGACACGUCAGCCCUACUCAAGGAGCGUGGCAAGUACCAGUACCAAACAAUCAAGAAGCUUGCAGCAGCUGCAACACUUGAUUAUGACUGGGCGCUCUGGAUAGACUCUGAGUCUAUUGCUGUACAGCCCUUCAGCAUACGCCAGACCUUUGACACCUACAUCCAGGCCCCAACCAUAUGGCGGUCAACGAUGGCUAACACCGACAUGAUGCGCGGCAUCAUGCAGAGCUCAGCGGACGUACUACGCCUACUUACAGACUCCUUUGGCCACAACCUAUGGAACCUUGAGAGCCAGCAGUGGUUUGUUGAGAAGACUAUUAUCCACGACCUCAUCCAGCACGUUGAGGCCAUGCAUGGCCAGGAGUUCUGGAGCGUGUGGGCCGCGAACGGCGGUCCCUGGGAAAUCAACCUAUACAACAUGCACGUGCUCUCAAGGAAGCUAGAGACGACCAACCCUUUGUUCACGAAGUUCCGCAUUAUAGACGUAGAGAUGGAAAUGAAAAAGUACGGCGUGUGUAAGUAG